CCUACAUUAAAUCGUUAAAUAGGUAGCCUAGCCUGCAAAACUAAAACAAUCCAUAUGUUAAAAUCAAAAGGCCUGGUUAACAUGACAUCAAUAACGCAGCCACAUCCCGAAUCCCCUGUGCGGACACGUUCAGAUAUCCAAAUAUGGUGUAGUAUUUAGUUUAAAAGCUCUGACGAAGGCCAAGAAAACAAUUAGCACUUUUCAAUGAGAAAACAGAAAUCCUCUUUGGGUGAAAAAAACCCAACGUCUGUUUUCAACAAUGUAGUGCCUACGAUUCAAUACUAAAUUAUUUUGAGAACAAAAUCUACAUCUUCCCAAUUAAGUAGCCUACUUGUUGUUUGGCCACUCAGAGAAAUAGGGCAAAUCACUCGCAGCUCACCUCUUCCAAUGCAUUGUGGGAAAGUGUGCAUCUAAUUCUACUAGAUAAAGAGCUGAGAUGAGUGUAACAUCCUGGCAUUUAAACCAUCUCGAUCAUCGAAAAUUCACAUGCAUUCUAUUUUCGCAUACUGAGAAUGCAUCAUGCGCGAUUGAGUUUUUUCACGCUAUUCGUUGAUUUCGGACAUCUCUCUGGAGGCCACAAGAGCUUUGUGAAGCCAGCAAGAGACAAUACAUGGAGAGAUGACCAGCCAAUCACUGUUGAUGAGGGGAGUGGAACCUCAUCCCAGCACAUUAUGGUGAUAGAGUCUGUAGAUGUAGAGGCUGCAGGUCCUGGAGGAUCGUCUCUGGUCAAGCAGGAGAGGACUGAAGAAGACGACCCACAACAAAACAGAAACAUCCAGACUGAAGCAGGGGCUGGAGUGGCAUCCCCUUUAGCCACAAAGUACCUCACCGCCUCGCCCCAGCCCAGGACCAAAGCCAACAUCACAGAGGACAGUGGAACGCUGAACGCUGUCCUCAAGUCAGAGACCGACACAGAGACUUUAAUUGUAACACAAAGGCUUUUACACACAGGAUCUGACCACAGGUCAGACCCAGAGAGACUGGGGCUGGGGCCACUUGGCUGUCCUCCUGCUCCUGGCUCAGAGUAUUUACUUUACAGUAACCCGAGCCCAAGGACAGUUCAUUCCCAUCGAGAUGCAGGUGACGCGUUAGAGACUGGCAAUGAUCCGUCUUGUUCUUACAAUACAGAGGUGGACCCUGGCAACAUGCCCUUGGGUUUAGAGACACAUAAUGAUCUGUCUAGAGGGGACUGGAACCGGUACAGUAGUAGCGUAUACUCUGAAGGGUGCCUAGAUAAGAAAGAGGAGGUUAUAGUGGUAGAUGAGGUGACUGUGAAAGUGGAGGGCGAUGCUCCUCCCACAUGGAAUGCAGAUAGUCAUCUAGGAGACAGACACUCACAGGGCAGAGAUUUGUUAGAUUACAGUGGAAGCUUAGGGACAAAUCAAAAUGUCGCCACCCACUCCCCUUUACACGCGUUCAGGGAUCGCGACCCAGUGUCCACGACAAUGGGGCCUUCCGAUUCACACGGCAACAUCCUUUUCAAUCAGGUAUUGAACUCGAAGGACCAAAGGACCAAGGCUCAGGCAGGGGGAGCAACAUCAGACAAUAGUAAUGAGAAACGGUUCCUCUGCAUGUUCUGUAACAAAGGGUUCAGCUGCCUCCAGAAGUUGGAGAUCCACCAGAGGGUCCACACAGGGGUGAAACCCUUCAGCUGUACCCAGUGUCAUAUGCGCUUCUCCCACUCGUCCAGCCUUAAGAGGCACCAGAGGGUCCACACAGGGGUGAAACCAUUCAGCUGUACCCAGUGUCACAUGCGCUUUGCCCAGGCUGGUGACUUGAAGAGGCACCAGAGGGUCCACACGGGGGAGAAACCCUAUAGCUGUACCCAAUGUCACAUGCGCUUCGCCCAGGCUGGCAACCUGAAGAUGCACCUGAAGGUCCACACGGGAGAGAGGCCGUUUGCCUGCACGGACUGCGGGAAGAGGUUCUCUGAGAGGAGCUACCUCAUGAUACACCAGCAGAAAAACCAUUCCACUCUAGAACAUAGAAAGUAACCUUUCCACUUGUUAGACAUUUAGAUCAAACUCCGCAUUAAAGACAAAGAUACAAUUUCAUUGUUAUCAGCAGAAAAAAUCCAGAGAUCCAUUUGGAAUAACAAGAGUAACACAUUUCAGUGUUGAAUAUUCCUGGGUAGAAUAUUGCAUCCAGACAUAGUAGAUAUGUAAGCCGAAAAAGUCUGUUAUAUAUUGUGUUUGUACUGUGUAGGCUAUAUAAUGUUCACAAAUGCCUAUUUCAUUACUUCCAUUCAACUACUUUAGUUUUUUCCCCAAGACACUUUUAAUGAGAAUGUAUGCAGUUUAUUAAAUUCAUGCAGAUUUUUUGUUGAGACGUGGUUUUCAUAUGGUGUAUUUCAAACGUGUUUGUUUAAUAAACACAAAAUGGGA